UAUCGAUUCUAAGUCGAUACUAUCGAAUAGAGUCUAUACCAUUGCUGCCCGAGUUUGCCCUCAAUUAAAAAUAAAAUUACAAAAUUUCACUGUUCCGUUCGUAAAACGCAGCGCAUCGCCCAGGCGUUCAAAUUUACAUACAACACAAGUGGUAGUAUCGUUGUGAAACAUGUCAACACCCGCACGCAGACGUCUUAUGAGAGAUUUUAAAAGACUUCAGGAGGAUCCACCCACGGGUGUCUCGGGUGCGCCAACAGAUAAUAAUAUUAUGAUAUGGAAUGCUGUGAUUUUUGGUCCACACGAUACACCAUUCGAGGACGGAACCUUUAAGUUAACCAUAGAAUUUACGGAAGAGUACCCAAACAAACCGCCAACAGUUCGAUUCGUAUCGAAAGUAUUUCAUCCCAAUGUGUACGCAGAUGGUGGAAUAUGCUUGGACAUAUUGCAGAACCGCUGGAGUCCCACAUACGAUGUGUCAGCCAUACUAACAUCCAUACAGUCACUGCUGAGCGAUCCCAAUCCCAACUCACCGGCUAACUCCACCGCCGCCCAGCUGUAUAAAGAAAAUCGCCGAGAGUACGAGAAGCGUGUGAAAGCCUGCGUGGAGCAGAGUUUCAUCGAUUAGCCAUGCGCCCACUCUAGGAACAGCAGCAGCAUCAGAAGCAGGAACCACAACAGGAGCAGCAGCAAAAUCGAGGGCGGCCGCGGCUUAAAACAACAGCAAACUACAGCAACAAAAAUAUGCAAUACCAUAAAGAAGUUUAAAUUAAAUAAUAACAGAAAUAUUUAUGAUAAUUGUAAUGCUAUGAAAUUGUAACAGCGCCAACGGCACGGCACAGCAGCAUAUAUACACCCUCAACCGCUCACCGCUCAUACACCUGCGCACACCACCCGCAUCCUAUAAGCACUGGGCAGUUUUAAGUUAUUUUUGUUUGGCCGAUAGUUCCACCUUGUCCUUAACCCGAUCCCGAAAUCAGACGCAGAUCAUUGAAAAACACCAGAAAAUCCAUUGUAGCAGGAGCCGCUAGAUAAGCCGGCAGCCAGAUAUAAGACUCUCAUAAGCUAACAACUCAAAUGUUAUGAUUCAAAUAGCAGCGGCAAAAAAUUAAUAAUAAUAAAAAAAUUAUAAAAACCAUGUCAAACAAUUGCAAAA